CUUGAUCGUCUUGAAUUCCAGACGUCACAGACGAGGACAGCAAGCCAUCUUUUUUUUUUCUCGCAAAGCCAUGAGACCCAACGCGUCCGAGACGUCGUGGGAGGAGUCUUUCCUGUCGGCGGAGCACGCCGGAGGCGACCCGCCCCCUCGGCUGACGGCGUGGGGGGUGGCCCUGUGCGCGUCGGGCGCCGUCAUCACGGCCGAGAACGCGGUGGUGGUCACCGCCAUCCUGGCCACGCCGUCGCUGCGGGCCCCCGUCUUCCUGCUCCUGGCCAGCCUGGGCCUGGCGGACCUCCUGGCGGGCGUGGCUCUGGUGACCCGCUUCCUGUUCCUGUUCUGCCUGGCGCCCAGCGCCUGGUCCGAGUUGGUGACGUCGGGGCUCCUCGUGACUUCGCUGAGCGCCUCGCUGUGCAGCCUGAUGGGCGUGGCCCUGGACCGCUACCUCUCUCUUAGCCACGCCCUCACCUACGGCUCGGGGCGCUCCCGCCGGCGCGCCGCCCUCCUCCUGCUCCUGGUGUGGGCGGGGGCCUCCGUCGUGGGGGCCGGCCCCGCCAUGGGGUGGCACUGCCUGGACGAGCCGGCGUCCUGCUCGGUGGCCCCGCCCCUCACCCGGACGUACUUGUCGCUGCUGUGCGGCGGGUUCCUGGCGGCGGUGGCCGUCACCCUGCAGCUGUACGCCGGCAUCUGCCGGGUGGCGCGGCGCCACGCCCACGCCAUCGCCACCCAGAGGCACUUCCUCCCCUCGGGGCAGCCCUACGCCGGCAAGCGAGGCGGGGGCCGGGGGUUCUCACGCUUGGUGCUAGUCCUCGGAGUCUUUGUCGGCUGUUGGAUGCCUUUCUCGCUGUGGGGGCUUCUGGGGGACGCGUCCAGUCCGCCGCUGUACACGUACGCCACCCUGACGCCCGCUGCCUUCAGCUCCCUCCUUAACCCGCUCCUCUACACCCUGAGGAACAAAGACAUCCGCAAGGUUCUCCUGCACGCCUGCUGCCCCCGCAGGCAGGCCGCACAAAUGCACUGCCCCGAAGACGUGUAGGUGCCCGCCGCAACCCACUCGUCGGGACACAAGCCGAGGUCUGGGGGGCUGGACUAAAUCAAGGCCAAUCAUCCCGGAUCGAAAGGGAGAGUUGAAAAUAACAACAAUCCCCAUCGUCUUGAGAAUCCUGGAUCUGGGGAUCCGGUUUCCUGCAGUUUCUCACCCUGGAUUCUUCAGUUGGUUUUUAGCGAGCAUCAAUUCCACGCCGAAAUUUGACGUUUUCGCAAGUGCAAAAAUUGCUGCCGAACCGACACGAAGAAACGUCGAAUCCGGGAUCCCCCCCCCUCCCCCUCCGUAAUCCUUCAGACCUAUGCAGGGGUUGAGACGCCCCCAAAAAUACGCAACGUGGACGUUCACUUCUCGGGAGCGAAUCGGGUUUUUUUUUCCACGUUCGAUGUCUUUUUCUGCGGUUCUGCCAUGAAAUGCCAAUAAAAACGGGAAAAAAAAACCCGUUUCCGCGGGGGGAGGUGGUAAUAGAAUAGCACGCCGGCUACUUCUACCACACUUUGUGGACGGUACCGACACCGGGUGGCUUCCCCUCGGAGUCGUUAAGACAGGUGGCUAGCGAGAAUUUUCACUACUAAUGAUCGCCGUCGUCCAAAAUAUCUGAAUGACGGUUGCGGCGUCGAAUUAUCUGAACGCCAAAAGGGGAAGCGGCUGCGUGAACGCCCGCUCGGGCGGGUGCUGAAAAGUCUCCUCGUGAUUAACGCCCACGUGCGUAUAUUUUGCAAACUUUCCAUCCGCGUUCGUCAUCACGAGGAGACUUUUCAGCACGGGGGGAGCGCUCAGACCGGCGCCAAACGCGAUCGGGGCUUCGAGAGUUCAAAGGAACGCUCGGCUCUCUCCACGCCACCCAAAACUCUAAAAGCGGAAAAGUCCUGCAGCCGCAUCCAAACUUUCUCCGGAAUCGUUUCGAGUCGCAUCUGGAGAGGAACGAAGGGAAUCAUCAGACGUGCGCUCAACGGAAAGUCGCGCUCGGAGCGU